UCCCAUUGGCUGCUGGCACAGCGGCGGUUUGGAGUGAAGGUAGCACGUUGAACUGAAAGCUGUUGGGAGUGCUGCGACACAAGGCCUGCAGUCGAUCACAGUGUCCGGUCGGAAUCCGGGCCCCGGCCAGGUGUAGAUCACCAGGGGAUGGAUCGCGUGUGGAGUGCGUGGUGCGGGAAGUGCGUCAAAGAGAAAGGGUCGCCUCCGCUUUGGGCCCAGCGCAUCGUGGUCGCCUGGCUCAGUAGGGCCGAGUGGGAUCAGGUGACGGUGUAUCUGUUUUGUGACGACCAUAAAUUGCAGCGGUACGCCCUGAACCGCAUCACCGUGUGGAGGAGUAGGUUAGGCAACGAACUCCCCCUGGCAGUGGCUUCUACUGCUGACCUGGUACGCUGUAAGCUCAUGGAUGUUACUGGUGGCUUGGGCCCUGAUGAACUUAGACUGCUCUAUGGCAUGGCAUUGGUCAGGUUUGUGAAUCUUAUCUCAGAGAGGAAGACAAAGUUUGUCAAGCUCCCUCUCAAAUUCCUGGCUCAGGAGGUAAACAUUCCAGAUUGGAUUGUUGAACUUCGCCAUGAGUUGACCCACAAGAAAAUGCCCCAUAUAAAUGACUGCCGCCGAGGCUGUUAUUUUGUUCUGGAUUGGCUCCAAAAGACCUACUGGUGCCGCCAACUGGAGAAUAGCCUGAGAGAGACCUGGGAGCUGGAGGAUGAUAGGGAAGAGACAGAUGAAGAAGACCCAGAGGAAGAUAAAAAUAUUGUUGUUGAUGACGUCACAGAACAGAGACCAGAGCCUAAGGAUAAAGGGAAAGGUGCAGAACUGGAUAUCAGGGUUGAUGGAGACAGUGAAGGCAACAAAGAGGUUGAUUCACAUUUGAAAAAGGCUCUGAGACAUAAAGAGCUAUAUGAAAGAGCCCGAGAACUGCUGGUAUUAUACGAAGAGGAGCAGUUUAAGCUUCCUGAGAAGGAAUUUGAAGGAAAAGUGGCAGAGCUUGAGGGAGCUUCUCGGAAAGAGAGGGGGCAUCUAGAAAGGAGACGAGAAGGAGAAUCCAGUUGGCUGAUCCUCUACACCGAUGGAAGAGAGCAGAUGAUGGAAGUGCUGGAGAAAUUUAGGCAUUUACCUCAGGCUGUUAAGGCAUGGAACAACCUGUCUCCACCUGUAGAAUGCAUCCUGGCAGAGCUCAAGGGCAUUACAUGUGAGAACAGGGAGGCUGUGUUGGAUGCUUUUCUGGAUGAUGGCUUUCUCAUCCCCACAUUUGAGCAGUUGGCAGCUUUGCAGAUAGACUAUGAAGAUGGGCAGACUGAGGUCCAGAGAGGGGAAGGUACUGACCCAAAGUUACACAAAAACGUGGACCUGAAUGACAUCCUGGUGCCAAAGCCGUUCUCUCAAUUCUGGCAGCCUCUGCUCAGGGGCCUGCACUCCCAGACCUUCACGCAGGCCCUGCUGGAGAGGAUGCUCUCCGAGCUGCCAGCCUUGGGGGACAGUGGGAUCCGGCCCACCUACAUCCUCAGAUGGACCAUUGAACUGAUUGUGGCUAACACCAAGACUGGACGGAAUGCCCGCCGAUUUUCUGCAAGCCAGUGGGAAGCGAGAAGGAGCUGGAGGCUGUUCAACUGCUCUGCCUCCCUUGACUGGCCCCGGGUGGUUGAGUCCUGCUUGGGCUCACCUUGCUGGGCCAGCUCCCAACUCCUUCAGCUUGUCUUCAAAGCCAUGGGACAGGUCCUGCCAGACGAGGAGCAGGAGAGACUGCUGCGCAUCUGUUCCAUUUAUACCCAGACUGGAGAGAACACCCUAGUGCAGGAGGGCUCAGAGGCCUCCCCCAUUGGGAAGUCUCCUUACACACUGGACAGCCUGUAUUGGAGCCUCAAACCAGCUGGUUCCUUUGGAAUUGAAGGAGAACCCCAGCAGCAGGAGGAGCAGGGUAGCCUUAAUGAUCUCAAGAAAGGUGAAAAGGAGGAGAAAGAUCUGGAAGAUCAGGUGGAGGAGGAGGAGGAGGAAGAAAAUGAUGACCAGAAGUGGGAGGAGGAAGAUGAAGAUGCUGAAGAUGAGGAGGAGGAGCAAGAGGAGGAGGAGGAGGAAGACAGAAUGGAGGUGGGGCCUUUCUCUACUGGAGAGGAGUCUCCCACUGCUGAGAAUGCCAGGCUCCUGGCCCAGAAAAGAGGAGCUUUGCAGGGCUCUCCAUGGCAAGUUAGCUCUGAAGAUAUACGAUGGGAUACCUUCCCCUUAGGCCUAAUGCCAGGUCAGACUGAGGACCCAGCAGAGCUUAUGCUGGAGAAUUAUGACACCAUGUAUCUUUUGGACCAGCCUGUGCUAGAACAGCGGCUGGAACCCCCAACAUGCAAGAUUGGCACCCUUGGUUUGAGCUGUGGCAUGGGCAGUGACAAUUGCAGCAACAGUAGCAACAGCAGCAGCAACUUGGAGGGCCUUCUCUGGAACCAGGGCCAGAUGCAUGGACUCAAAACUGGCUUGCAGCUCUUCUGAUGCCCACUCUGGUGCAAAGGGAUUAUCCAGCCCUGCAGGGGCAACAGCCCAUUCCCUGUCCCCGUUGCCCCCCGUGCUCCCGGCCCCCACCAAUGCACCUGAUGCUCCAUGAAACAACCUGGGAGACAGCCCGCUUCAGCCGUAUAAGCUCAGCUUUCUGCCACAAUGGAAUUUUGAAUAUGUUCUGGGUUUUUUAAAUUUUGUUUUGAAAAACAAUAAACAGGCAACUGUUAGUUUUGG